CAGAACGGAACAAAACUUAUGUUUGUUUUUCUCUCUUGAUUGAGAGAAAAAAAAAAUUAAGAUUCUCUGUUUCGCUUCGGCUGAAUCAGAGAAUCACUUCAAGUUAAGCAUUCGAUAUACAAAACGUUUUGUGACAUCUAGUAUAUAUAUUUGUUUACGGGAAAACGAAGCUAGCAUUUCAACUGGGUUUUGUAGAAAAAUGGAAAUGUCUCAAACCGACGGAAGAAUGGAAGGUUGGCUUUAUACCAUCCGACACAACCGGUUCGGUCUUCAAUUUUCCCGUAAACGAUAUUUUGUUCUUCUCGACGACAACCUUAAAAGCUUUAGAUCAGUACCAUCAGAUCAAAACGAGGAACCUUAUAGAAGAGCAUCUCUAGACUGUUGUAUUAGGGUUACCGACAAUGGAAGGGAGAGCUUCAAUAGAAAGAUCCUUUUCAUCUUCACGCUCUACAAUACUACGAACCAUUUGGACCAGUUAAAGUUGGGUGCAAGUAGUCCUGAAGAAGCAGCCAAAUGGAUCAGAUCAUUACAAGAUGCUUCACAAAAGAAGUUUCCAUUUCCGGAUUGCGAAUUUGUAUCUCAUGCUGAGAAAGGACUUGUGAAAUUUAAUGUAUCAAGGAGGUCGCGCCGCAAAAAUUCAGUGGACUGGACAAAUUACUCAUCAUUGAAUGUUGAGACAAUAGCACCUGAUGUCAUUGCUCCUUCUCCAUGGAAAAUAUUUGGAUGCCAAAACGGGUUACGCCUCUUCAAAGAAGCUAAAGACUGGGAUUCCCGUGGAAGGCAUUGGGAUGAUCAUCCUGCAAUAAUGGCAGUUGGAGUCAUAGAUGGUACUUCAGAAGAUAUCUUCAAUACCUUAAUGUCUUUCGGUCCUUUACGAUCAGAAUGGGACUUUUCUUUCUACAAAGGCAGCGUGGUGGAGCAUCUUGAUGGACACACAGAUAUAAUCAAUGUCCAGCUAUACAGUGAUUGGUUGCCAUGGGGAAUGAAUAGAAGAGACUUAUUGCUGCGACGCUACUGGAGAAGAGAAGAAGAUGGAACAUAUGUGAUUCUUUGUCACUCUGUUUAUCACAAGGAGUGCCCACCAAAGAAGGGAUACGUUCGUGCUUGUGUCAAAAGUGGUGGUUACGUGGUGACACCGGUGAACAAAGCGAAACAAUCACUAGUAAAGCAUAUGGUAGCCAUUGAUUGGAGAAGCUGGAACUUAUACACUGGGGCUUCUUCUUCAAGAUCCAUAACCAUCCGCGUGGUUGAGAGACUUGCGGCGUUACGCGAAAUGUUCAAAGCGAAACAAGGACAUGGCUUCACUGAGUUCGUCUCCGGGGAGUUCAUGGAUACUAAAUCAUGCGUGUCUAAUAUCAACACUAGACCUCUUAAAAUAGCAGCCAAAAGGGUUGAUCUAGAGCUUGUGAAGGCUGAGGAUAUGGAGAAACCUUCUUCCGCACGUAACAGUUUGAUGGAUUUAAAUGAUGCUUCUGAUGAAUUUUUCGACGUUCCUGAGCCCAGUGAGUUUGAUAGCUUCAUUGAUAACUCUCUCUUUUCACAAGGACACUCUCAGCUCAAGAUACCAUCACCAGCUGGCAUUGUCAAGAAACUUCAAGAUCUAGCCAUUAACAAGAAAGGCUAUAUGGAUUUACAAGAGGUUGGUAUGGAUGAAAAGACCACAUUCUUCUAUGGAGCCACUCUUCAAAAAGAUCCAAAUCUUACUCUGCCUUGUAGUUGGGCUACCGCGGAUCCCUCCACAUUUUUGAUUCGUGGAGACAAUUAUCUACAAGACCAACAAAAGGUAAAGGCAAAAGACACAAUGAUGCAAAUGAUUGGAGCAGAUUGGAUAAGUUCUGAUAAGCGAGAAGAUGAUCUUGGUGGCCGACUAGGUGGUGUAGUUCAGGAGUUCGCAGCCAAAGGCGGUCCUGAAUUUUUCUUCAUUGUAAACAUGCAGGCCCCAGGUUCAGCUAUGUAUAGUCUAGCAUUGUACUAUAUGCUGAAAACUCCAUUAGAAGAUCAUCCUUUGUUACAUAGUUUUGUGAAUGGUGAUGAUGCUUAUCGCAAUUCGCGCUUUAAACUCAUCCCACACAUCUCCAAAGGCUCAUGGAUUGUGAAACAGAGUGUUGGCAAGAAGGCUUGCUUGGUGGGUCAGGCACUUGUAGUUCGCUACACCCGUGGAAAAAAUUACUUGGAGCUUGACAUUGAUGUUGGGUCUUCAACUGUUGCAAGAGGUGUAACCAAUCUUGUUCUUGGGUAUCUUAACAAUUUGGUUAUAGAAAUGGCCUUUUUGAUACAGGCAAAUACAGUAGAGGAACUACCAGAACUGUUACUAGGAACAUGUCGGCUCAAUUAUCUCGAUGCUACAAAAUCUGUAAAAGAAAGAUGAGACAUCCCCAAGAACAAACAAUACAAUGCAAGAGCAGAGGAUAUUUCUAUUUUUGGUUCUUUGUGCAAGCUGUGCGUUUCUUUUACCAUUCUUUACUAAGUCAACUCGUUUUAACACUCAGACUAAGGUAUAGAAAGGAUCUAGUUCGGUCCUCUGUGUUACCUGAUCCACUUGAAUAAAUAAACUUGUUGAUUUAGUCCAAUGCAUGUUUUGCAAAAUGAAAAUUAGAGGAGAUAGUUACUUGUGCAACAAUCAAAAUCUGUUCUUUUAUCAGAAGAAACUCUU